CGCGGCGCCGCCGGUUCAUCCCGCGGCCCCGGGCAGCGCCGCCGGUGCCGCCCCGCGGGAGCCGCUCCGGCCGCGGGGGCGGCGCGGGGGUAGCGGGGGCUCCGCGGGGCCCGCGGGGCCGGGGCAGGGCCGGCCGGGCCGCUUAUGGCGCCGCACGCCGCCGCCGCCCCGGAAGCGCUGUGGGCGCCGCACGCGCCGGUGGCGCGGCGGGCGCAGGCCGCGGCCAUGGCGCUGGUGCGCGGCCCCGCGGCGGACGGGCAGCGCUCGGCCGUGUGCAGGCCGCUCUCGGCCGCAUCAGUACUCUGUCAAGUGGAACCUGUGGGAAGAUGGUUUGAAGCAUUUAUUAAGAGGAGAAACAUAAAUGUUUCUGCCUCUUUCCAGGAGCUAGAAGAUGAGAAGGAACUUUCUGAAGAAUCAGGGGAUGAAGAACUGCAGCUUGAGGAAUAUCCUAUGUUAAAAACCCUUGACCCAAAGGACUGGAAGAAUCAAGACCAUUAUGCAGUUCUUGGACUGGGAAAUAUACGAUACAGGGCUACUCAGAAACAAAUCAAAGCAGCUCAUAAAUCCAUGGUCUUGAAACAUCAUCCAGACAAGCGAAAAGCUGCAGGGGAGCAGAUAGGAGAAGGUGACAAUGAUUAUUUUACUUGCAUAACUAAAGCUUAUGAAAUAUUAUCUGAUCCCGUGAAACGACGAGCAUUUAACAGCAUAGAUCCAACUUUUGAUAACUCUGUACCUUCCAAAAGUGAAGCAAAAGAAAAUUUCUUCGAAGUUUUCUCUCCAGUUUUUGAAAGAAAUGCCAGGUGGUCAAAUAAGAAGAAUGUACCUAAACUUGGAGACAUGAACUCCUCAUUUGAGGAGGUAGAUGCAUUCUAUUCCUUUUGGUAUAAUUUUGAUUCCUGGAGAGAGUUUUCCUAUUUAGACGAAGAGGAAAAAGAAAAAGCAGAAUGUCGAGAUGAAAGGAGGUGGAUUGAAAAGCAGAACAGAGCUGCCAGAGCGUUGAGAAAAAAAGAAGAAAUGAACAGAAUUAGGACUCUUGUUGACAAUGCAUACAGCUGUGAUCCCAGGAUAAAGAAAUUUAAGGAGGAAGAAAAGGCAAAGAAGGAAGCAGAGAAGAAAGCCAAGGUAGAAGCAAAACGGAAAGAACAGGAGGCAAAAGAAAAACAAAGACAAGCAGAAUUAGAAGCAGCACGGUUAGCAAAAGAAAAGGAGGAAGAAGAAGUUAGGCAGCAAGCAUUAGUAGCAAAAAAGGAAAAAGAGAUACAGAAGAAAGCAAUCAAGAAAGAAAGGCAAAAACUCAGAACAACAUGCAAGAACUGGAAUUACUUUUCUGAUAAUGAGGCAGAUUGUGUUAAAAUGAUGGAGGAGGUGGAAAAGCUUUGUGAUCGUCUUGAGCUAGCAAGUCUGCAAUGCUUGAAUGAAGCACUUACAUCCACAACAAGGGAAGGAGGAAAGGCGGCUGUAGUAAAACAGAUAGAAGAAAUAAAUGAACAAAUAAGGCGAGAGAAAGAAGAGGCAGAAGCUCGUAUGCGCCAAGCAACAAAGAGUUCAGAAAAGUCAACCACUGGCGGUGGAGGGGGAAGCAAAAAUUGGCCAGAGGAUGAUUUACAGUUGCUAAUUAAAGCUGUGAACCUCUUUCCAGCAGGGACUAACUCAAGGUGGGAAGUUAUUGCCAACUAUAUGAACUUGCACUCUACUACUGGAAUAAAACGAACAGCAAAAGAUGUCAUCAAUAAAGCAAAGAGUCUCCAAAAGCUUGACCCUCAUCAAAAAGAUGACAUAAACAAGAAAGCAUUUGACAAAUUUAAAAAAGAACAUGGUGUGGUGCCUCAGAUGGACAGUGCUGCCCCCUCAGAACGAUUUGAAGGAUCACCUCUAGAUUCAUCCCCUUGGACUACAGAAGAACAAAAACUUUUAGAACAAGCAUUGAAGACUUAUCCAGUAAAUACUCCUGAAAGAUGGGAGAAAAUAGCAGCAGCUGUUCCAGGCCGGUCAAAAAAAGACUGCAUGAAGCGAUACAAGGAACUCGUGGAAAUGGUCAAGGCAAAGAAAGCUGCUCAAGAACAAGUGAUGAAUGCUACUAAAGUCAAGAAAUGACUCUUACUGACAAUCCUUGUUUUAUAAUAAAAAAUGCAAAUACUGUA